CAACGGAUCUUUUUUUCUGCAUGAGUUGCCCGAUUUCAUCAUGCUGCAUUCUCUAAGUUUGGGCGAGCAAAGCAUAACAACUGCAACCUUUAAUCGGGCUGGAGACUGGCUAGCACUGGGUACGAGUGAUCUCGGACAGUUGGUGGUGUGGGAAUGGCAGAGCCAAUGCUUUGUUUUGAAACAACAAGGACACUAUGAUCAGCUGCUGGCGCUGGAAUAUUCCCCGGAUGGCCAGUAUUUAGCAACAGGUGGAGCAGAUGGGAAGGUGAAGCUGUGGAAUACCUCUUCGGGCUUUUGUUUUGUGACAUUUUCGGAACACACAGCUGCCACUACCGCGGUAAAAGUCGCUCAAAGCGGUAAAGCAGUAAUUUCGUCAUCAUUAGACGGAACAGUGCGUGCAUUUGAUACAAUACGUUAUCGAAACUUUCGCACAUUUACUUCGCCGCGUCCUGCGCAGUUUAGCUGUUUAGCAGUGGAUUCAAGUGGUGAUGUGGUUUGCGCAGGAAGUCAAGAUUCUUUUGAAAUAUUUGUCUGGUCGAUGAAAAAUGGACAUUUGAUGGAGAUUCUAAGCGGUCAUGAGGCACCCAUUAGCGGCAUCUCCUUUGGUAAUUGUGGCGCCAAUCAGCUCUUGGUUAGUUCGUCAUGGGAUGAAACUGUUCGUGUUUGGGACAUUUUUAAAAGCAAAGUGCAGCAGGAAACCAUCCGUAUACAUUCUGAGGUUUUGGCCGUUGCCUUCAGACCAGACGGCAGUGAAGUGGCUGUUUGUGCUCUGAAUUGUACCAUUCAUUUUUACGAGCCCGUUUCUUCACUACAAAUCGGGCUGAUUGAAGCUAAAGCUGACCUUGGCCGCUUUCGCCGGGAAACCGAUAUGGUAUCAGCCAAAACGGCAUCCCAGGGAAGGUCGUUUACAACUUUGUGUUACUCAGCGGAUGGCUCUUGGAUCUUAAUAGGUGGUCAGACGAAGUAUAUCUGUAUUUAUCACGCGAAGGAACACGUUUUACUUCGCCGGUUCGAAGUAUCAAAAAAUUGGUCAUUCACCGGACUGACGGAAUUCCUCAGUCGCCGUACGAAUACUGAAUUCGGUGCCCGUGCUAUGAUGGAUGUGGAGGAAGAUGAUUCGGAUCGCCGAACACUCAGCUUGCCCGGUGUGAAAUCUGGCGACAUGGCUUCACGCCAUUUUAAGCCGGAAGUCAAGGUCUACUCCGUCCAGUUUUCACCAACCGGUCAAUCUUGGGCUGCUUGCACAACGGAAGGCCUGUUAGUAUAUUCAACACACACAGACGAAUUAUUUGAUCCUUUCGAUCUUGACCCUUCCAUUACGCCAGAAAGUGUCAGGAACGCUUUGCACUCUGUACCUUGCGAUUAUGGCCGGGCAGUCAUCAUGGCAUUACGACUGAACGAGCUAAAUUUGACGACAGAAGCUGUGGAGUCGGUUCCCGUCACUGAAAUACCCUUAAUCAGCCAUGCUAUCGGCGAACGAUAUGCCCGGGUGCUUCUUGAGUUUUGCGCUUUGCAAUUGGAUCGAUCACGCCAUUUGGAGUUUUACUUGACAUGGAUUCAAACACUGCUAUUCGAGUACGGUGCGGCACUGAAAAGAAAUUCUGCAGCCAUCAUGCCCCUGCUGCAUCUACUGCAGAAAGCUCUUAUGAGAAAAAAGGAUGACUUUCUCAAACUCGCCCAGCGAAAUGCCUCGUCGCUGAAAUAUGCCGAAGUUUUGAUGAAACUGGCGCAAGCUGAUUCCACAACAGAAUCUGUGAUGCAGGAGUGAAGUGGAUGAACCGAAGAUUGCGUGUUCAGAAUUGUUGCUUGUGUUAAAUAUCGAAUUUUGUUUGACUUUUGUUGUCUAUGGUUUCGUAGUCAAUAAUCGUGCCGAUUCGUGCGUGUAACCUAUUCAAAGUUAACAAGUUUUGAAAAGCCGGAAUUAUUGUUAUUCCCGUUGUUGCUUCAUAUAUAGAUAUAUCUGUACGUACAAAACUGACCACGACUGCGGG